AUGGUAAUUUUCUGGAAAGAGGAUUUUGACUUAAGCUUUGAAACUUUCUCAAAAAAUCAUAUAGAUACAAUUGUGAAUAAGAACAAGGAUGAUGAAUGGAGAUUUCGAGGAUUUUAUGGAGGACCUAAUACACAGAAUAGACAUGAGGCAUGGGCUCGGUUGAAGAGUUUGAAAGCAAGGGGAUCUGCACCUUGGAUUUGUGCGGGAGACUUUAAUGAGAUAACAAAACAAUCAGAGAAAAGGGGAGGUAGAAUUCGACCACAUGGGCAAAUGCAAGCUUUUAGAGAGGUACUUGAUGAAUGUGGCUUUUUUGAUUUGGGAUUUGUGGGGUCAGAAUUUACAUGGCAUAAGCACUUUGCGGAUUACACAGUGUGGGAGCGCCUUGAUAGAGCUGUGGCAACUUCAGACUGGCUGGCUUUAUUUCCGGAUACCAAAAUCUAUCACUUGGAGGCAGAUGCAUCUGAUCAUAGACCUAUUUUGAUUGUACCGGAUGGGAUGAAUUGUUCACAACAAAGACCGUUUAGAUUCGAGCAGAUGUGGCUGACUGAACAAGGCUGCUCGAACACAGUACAAGCUGUGUGGCAGCGGGACAAUGGGGAAAAUGAGGUUUUAAAGGUGAUACGUAAGGUGGAUGAGUGUGGGAAGGAGCUGACCAAAUGGAGUAGAAAUUGUUUCAAAAAUGUGAGGAAAGAAUUGGAAAAAACAAGGAAGUUAUUGGCAAAAGCAGAGCUGGUUGCGAUGAAUGGGGGCAGCAACAAAAGGAUGAAAUACUUAGAAAAACAAAUCCUUACACUCCUUGACCGUGAGGCAAAAAUGUGGGCUCAAAGAUCCAAAGUGCAAUGGCUUCGUGAUGGUGACAAGAACACUCGCUUUUUCCAUAGUAAAGCAAUGCAAAGAAGAAGAAGAAAUUACAUCAAAGGGUUAUAUGAUGAAAAUGGUCAAUGGUGCACUCACCCAAGCCAUGUGACUGAUACUGUAGUCCAAUUUUAUCAAAAACUUUUUACCUCCUGUGCACCGGUGGACUUUGAGGAGAUUUUGGAGCAGAUACCUACAAAAGUUACAGAAGACAUGAAUGUGGAGUUGCUAAAGGAGUUUACUGCAGAUGAGGUUGAAAAUGCUUUAAAGCAGUUAGCACCCUUAAAAUCCCCUGGCCCUGACGGUAUGCCACCACUUUUUUACCAAGGAUAUUGGUCUUUGGUAGGUCCCGAGGUGUUGGCAAACAGGUUGAAACAAAUUAUGCCACAGCUUGUCUCUGAUCAUCAAAGUGCUUUCAUGGCGGAUCGGUUAAUUUCAGACAACAUCAUGGUGGCGUUUGAGACUCUACACUACAUGAGAAAUCACUCAUCAGGUAACACAGGGUAUAUGGCUUUGAAGUUGGACAUGAGUAAGGCAUACGAUAGGGUGGAGUGGCCAUACAUUGAGAAACUGAUGCGGAAAAUGGGUUUUGCAGAGGCAUGGAGGAUAGUCUUAUCUUCUGCAGGGCAAAAGAAAGCGAGUGUUAGAAGUUAUGAAGGUGCAUCAGGGCAGCAAAUAAAUAGAGACAAAACCACUCUAUUUUUCAGUAAAUCAACCUCUCAAGAUAUGCAAGACAAAAUCAAAACCGCUCUUGGAGUGCCUGUGGUGCAGCAAUAUGAAAAGUACUUGGGCCUACCAUCUUUCAUUGGUCGAAGAAAAAAAGAGAGCUUUGACAAUAUCAAGCAAAGGGUGUGGAAAAAAUUGCAAGGGUGGGAAGGGAAAUUACUGUCUCAGGCGGGAAGGGAGAUUCUAAUCAAGGCAGUGGCACAAGCUUUGCCUACUUACGCGAUGUCGUGUUUCAAGCUACCAAUCGGAUUGUGCCAUGAUAUUGAGUCUUUGGUUAAAAAAUUUUUUUGGGGUCAAAGAGGAGAGAGCAGAAAGGUCCAUUGGACAAAGUGGGAGGAGCUUUGCAAACCAAAGACACAAGGGGGGAUGGGUUUCAAAGAUCUUUCAAGAUUCAAUGAUGCAUUACUCGCAAAGCAAACUUGGAGACUCUUGCAUGAUAAAACCUCACUGUUUUAUAGAGUUUUCAAAGCCAAGUAUUUUCCCAACUGCACAAUCAUGGAAGCCACAAAUCCGAACUCAGCCUCAUAUGCAUGGAAAAGCAUAACUAAGGGCAGGGAAGUAAUAAAGAGGGGUGCGGUUUGGAGGAUUGGAGAUGGAUGUUCAGUUUCAAUUUGGGGUUCACGUUGGUUGCCUGCAAAGCACUCCCCAAAAAUUAUCUCACCAUGUACAGGAGCUUUGGCUGAUGCUAAAGUUAGUGCUCUUUUGGAUGUUGAAAAUAGAGCUUGGAAAGAAGAUGUGCUAGAGGAAAAUCUACUGAGUUUUGAAGCGGAGAUGAUCAAAAAAAUCCCCUUGAGCCACACGGACCAGACAGACACCCUCACCUGGCCUUUCACCCCUACUGGGGAGUACACGGUCAAGUCAGGGUACACUUUUUUCCAACAAGAGUACCAGUCAUCUCAACCUGGUCAAUCUGAUCCGGAGUCUCUAAAACCUCUCUGGAAGUCUAUAUGGAGUUUACAGGUUCCGAAUAACAGGGACCUAACACUCUUCUCCAUGGUGGCGUGGGCAAUCUGGAACCGGAGAAAUAACCUUCACCUCGGAAAACCAGCAGCUCCACUCAACGAGCUGAUACCUCAAGCCCAAGAUAGGAUGCGUGAAUUCAAGCUCUACAACUUCUCAACCAUCAUCCCAGUAGGCCGACCACCAACCAAUUGGCAAGCACCGAGCAGCAACAUUUACAAAGUAAAUUUCGAUGGCGCUCAGUUUGCAGUAGAAAAUAGCGCCGGCUUGGGAGUGGUUAUCCGCAACUCAGAGGGCCAAGUCAUGCUCUCUCUUUCGGAAAAAACCACACUUCCCUUUACAGCUAUCGAAGUUGAAGCAAUGGCAGCAAGGAGGGCUUUGAAGCUAGCACUAGAGACCGGUUUUUAG